AUGGUCAACUCUUGUUGUGGCUCCAGCUGCUGCCAGCCUUGCUGCCGCCCCACCUGCUGCCAGACCACCUGCUGCAGGACCACCUGCUGCCGGCCCACCUGCUGUGGGUCCAGCUGCUGCCGCCCCUCCUGCUGUGGCUCCAGCUGCUGUGGCUCUAAUUGCCGUGGCUCCAGCUGCUGUAGGCCCAGCUGCUGCAUCUCUAGCUGCUGCUGCCCCACCUGCUGCCAGACCACCUGCUGCCGGACCACCUGCUGCCGCCCCAGCUGCUGUGGCUCCAGCUGCUGCUGCCCCUGCUGUGGGGGUUCCAGCUGCUAUGGCUCCAGCUGCUGCCAGCCUUGCUGCCGCCCCACCUGCUGCCAGACCACCUGCUGCCGCACCACCUGCUGCCGCCCCACCUGCUGUGUGUCUAGCUGCUGCCACCCCAGCUGUUGCUAG